UCUCAUGUGUCAUUGUACAGCAGAGACUGGAGGCAGCUGCUCUCUGCAGGUUUGAUGUCCCAUGCAAAGGCUGGUUGCUUGCGCUGAAAAUGACGCUGCCUCUCCGCCGUGCAGGAAUGGCCAGCACUGGGAACCUUUCUGAAGAGCAGGUGCACUGCUCCAUCUGUCUGGACGUAUUUACCAAUCCCGUAUCUAUACCGUGUGGACACAACUUUUGCCAGAACUGCAUUCUGGGAUACUGGAAAACCAGUCCAUUGUACCAGUGUCCCAUGUGCAAGAAGUCCUUCUACAAAAGGCCAGAUAUUAGCGUCAACACCGUUCUGAGGGAAAUUGCUGAGCAGUUCAAGGAGAUCAGGGUAAAGAGCGCAGAAACAAAAGGAAACGGAGAGCAAGGAGAGGAGAAAGGAAAGAAGUGGACAAUGGAAAGAAAGAAAAAGGAGGAUGAAGAAAGGCUUCUGGAGAAAGAUCAGAAGCAGCAGCUCAUGGAGGAGCUGAAGCAGAAGCAAGAGGAGGAAAGAGCGAGGAUGAAGGAGAAAGAAGGGGAGAAGAAGCCACCGCAGGAGGACUUGCCACCGUUAAUCCCACCGACGGCUCCACCUAGAGGUUCUCCCUCAUUGUCAGGCCAAGCUACAGCUGCACGUCCACCACCUCUGCCAAAAACGUCACCCCCACCCUCCCCUCAGAUCUCUGCUUCUCCACUUUCUCCAAGUCCAUCUCUUCCGCUCUGGGAGGAGGUCCUGUGCGAUGUUUGUCUGGGAGACGGCCGGCCGAAGGCGGUCAAAUCCUGCCUGGUGUGCCUGACGUCCUACUGCGAGGAGCAUCUGAAGUCGCACACGGCCAGGUUCACCAAGCACAAGCUGAUGGAGCCCGUCGCCAACAUGGCGGACAGAAUGUGCCCGAAGCAUGAGAGGCUGCUGGAGCUUUUCUGCAAGAAGGACCAGACUUGUGUGUGUGUGCUGUGCACGGAGACGGACCACAGGGCGCACUACACCGUCCCCGUGGAAAGGGAGUGGACAGACAAAAAGGCACAGUUGAAAAGAACAGGCAUCGAUGUCCAGCAGAUGAUCCAAGAAAGAGUGAAAAAAGUGGAAGAGCUCAAAAACUCUGUGGAGCUGAAUAAAGCCAGUGCUAAAAGAGAGAUUGAGGAAAGCAUGCAGGUCUUCUCAGAACUGGUGCGCUCCAUCAAGAAGACUCAGGCGGAGCUGGUUCUGGUCAUUGGGGAGAAGCAGCGGCAGACGGAGAGGAGGGCUGAAGGCCUCAUCGCUCACCUGGAGCAAGAGAUCUCUGAGCUGAAGAGGAGGAACACGGACCUAGAAAAUGUGGCCCGAACUGAUCACAUCCACUUUUUGAAGAGCUUCCCAUCUCUCAGCAUUAUCCCUUCUGUUAGAGACUGGUCCGACACCAGCGUUCCCACUGACACCUGUGUCGGUCUGAUCAGGAGAUCUGUGGCCAAACUGGAGGAAACAUUAAAUGAAAUGAUCGACAAAUUAUCUGACAGUGAGAUCAAAAAGGUUCUGAAAUACACAGUGGAUGUCACUCUGGACCCCGACACGGCCAACCCCUGGCUGCAGCUCUCUCAGGACAGGCAUCAGGUGAGGCACCUGGGGGCCUGGCAGGACCUCCCCGACAACCCCGUCCGGUUCGACACGGUGGUCAUCGUGCUGGGCCGCGACGGCUUCACUUCGGGCCGGCAUUACUGGGAGGUGCAGGUGGGGGAUAAGGACGACUGGUACGUGGGCGUCGCCAGGGCCUCGGUGAACAGGAAGGGGAGGAUCUCCGUGAGCACCACGCAGGGAUACUACGCUCUGGCCAUGAAGAAAGGCCAGGGCUACCGGGUGUCCACAUCCCCGCCUCUGCUGCUGUCUGUCGACACGAGGAUCAAGAGACUGGGCGUGUACGUGGACUACGAGGAAGGCCAAGUGUCGUUCUAUGAUGUGAGGACUCGGAGCCAUAUUUACACACUUGAAGACACCUUCACAGAGAGGAUGUUUCCCUUUUUCUAUCUGUACUGCUGUGACAAGGCCUCAGACACCAUGGUGAUCUGUCCUGUGAACGAGAAAAGCCUGAUCAAACAAGGAUCAAGCUAAGGAAUGCCUUUGAUUGGUGAAAUUAGUCCAGUUUAGAUAUUGCAAGUAAAUCUGUGUAUUAUUUAUCAAGGCAAUACAUUUAAAGGCACAAUGUCCAUAGUAAUAGGUGAGAUUAAGUAUUUACAGUAGCUUGCUGGACAUAUGGCAGCAAAUUUGUGUGAUUUUGGUAAAAGAUAAUUUCAAGACAAGUGAUAUUGCUUGCUCAUAAUAUUAAAAAAAGUA